UGGCCGGAACACUCGGGGUACCCAGCCUCUUCACUCGGGGGAGAAUAAAAGGCAGUGCAAGAAGGUUCCAGUCUGGUAUAGCUUCAAGGUUGUUUUAGAAGAUGAAAGUGAUGAUGAAGUGCAUAAUACACUACUUAUGGACAGCUUUAUCUACCUCAACUUGGACCUCCCAGAUGAAGAAUCCUCUGAUGAAGAAAAUAGUGAAGAACUUGUUCACAAAGGAGAGGCCCAACCAAUGCAGGAUAAACCCCUUCCUUUGGUACCAUUCUUCAGUGCUUCACAAAUCUUGCCUCAUGCCAAAACAACAGGAGAGACUCAAGAAAUGCAGGAUGAAUCCCUCCCCAUGGUAUCAUCCCCCAGUGCUUCACAAACCUUGCCUCAUACCAAAACAACAGGAGAGACUCAAGAAAUGCAGGAUGAAUCCCUUCCCAUGGUAUCAUCCCCCAGUGUUUCACAAACCUUGCCUCAUGAUGUAACAACAGGAGAGACUCAAGCAAUGCAAGAUGAAUCCUCCCCAGGGUUCUCAUCUUUCCAUGCUUCACAAACUCUGCCCAGUACCUCUGCAUCAGGAGACCCCCAAGUAACAGAGGAUGAACUACCGCAACUUUCAAUGUCACCAAACAUUUCCAAAACUUUGCCAGAUGCCUUUACAUCACAACAGAGUCAAGUAGAACAGGACCAACUACCCCAACUUCCCCUGUCAUUGCAAAUAUCCAAAACUUUGGCCUGUCCAGUAACAUCAGGAGAGACCCAAGCAACACAGGAUGAGCUACCCUCACUUUCCCUGUCACCACACACUUCCAAAACUUUGUCUCAUGCCACUACAUCACAACAGAGUCAGGCAAUACAGGAUGAGCUACCCUCACUUUCCCUGUCACCACACACUUCCAAAACUUUGUUUCAUGCUACUACAUCACAACAGAGUCAAGCAACACUGGAUGAACUACCCCGACUUUCAUUGUCUCCACACACUCCCCAAACUUUGCCCUGUCCCUCAACAUCAGGAGUAACCCAAAUAAUAGAAGAUGAACUGCCCACACUUUCCCUGUCACCACACACUCCCAAAACAUUGCCCCGUCCCUCGACAUCAGGAGUGAGCCAAAUAAUAGAAGAUGAACUGUCCAAACUUUCAAUGUCACCACACACUCCCAAAACACUGCCCCGUCCCUCGAAAUCAGGAGUGAGCCAAAUAAUAGAAGAUGAACUGUCCAAACUUUCAAUGUCACCACACACUCCCAAAACAUUGCCCCAUCCCUCGACAUCAGGAGUGAGCCAAGUAACAGAGAAUGAACUUCCCAAAGUUUCAAUGUCACCACAUACUCUCAAAACUUUGACUCAUCCCUCUACAUUACAAAAGAGUCAGGUAACACAAGAUGAACUACCCUCCCUUUCAAUGUCACCACACACUCCCAAAACUUUGCCCUGUCCCUCUACAUUAGGAGUGAGCCAAGUAACAGAGGAUGAAGUACCCAAAGUUUCAAUGUCACCACACACUCCCAAAACUUUGCCCUGUCCCCUUACAUCACAACAGAGGCAGGUAACACAAGAUGAAAUACCCUCACUUUCUAAGUCACCACACACUCCCAAAACUUUGCCCUGUCCUUCAACAUCAGGAGUGAACCAGGUAACAGAGGAUGAAUUGCCCAACCUUUCAAUGUCACCACACACUCCCAAAACACUGCCCUGUCCCUCUACAUCAGGAGUGAGACAAGUAACAGAGGAUGAAUUGCCCAACCUUUCAAUGUCACCACACACUCCCCAAACACUGCCCUGUCCCUCUACAUCAAGAGUGAACCAAGUAACAGAGGAUGAAUUGCCCAACCUUUCAAUGUCACCACACACUCCCAGAACACUGCCCUGUCCCUCUACAUCAGGAGUGAGGCAAGUAACAGAGGAUGAAGUUGCCAAACUCUCAAUAUCACCACACACUCCCAAAACUUUGCCUCAUCCCUCUAUAUCACGACAGGCUCAGGUAACACAAGAUGAACUACCCUCAUUUUCCCUGUCACCACGCACUCCCAAAACUUGCCCGCCUGCCUUAAGAUCACAACAGAGUCUGGUAACAAAGGGCCAACUACCCAAACUUUCAUUGUUACCACACUUCUCCAAAAUAUUGUCCAGUCCUUUGACAUCAGGAAAGAGCCAAAUAAGACGGGAUGAACUACCCUCACCUUACCUGUCACCAAAAACUCCCAAAACCUUGUCACAUUCCUUGGCAUCAGAACAAAAUCAAGCAACACCACACACUCCCACAUCAUUGCCCUGUCCCUCAACAUCAGGAGUGACCCAAGUAACACAAGAUGAACUACCCUCACUUUCCCUUCCACCACACACUUCCAAGGCCUCCCCGUAUGCCUUAACAUCACAACAGAGGCAAGUAACACAGAACGAAUUACCCUCACUUUCAUUGUCACCACAGAUUUCCAAAACUUUGCCACAUGCCUUUACAUCAAAACAGAGUCAAGUAACACAGGACCAACUACCCAAACUUUCAUUGUUACCACACAUUUCUAAAACUUUGGCCUGUCCCUCAACAUCAGUAGAGACACAAGUAACAAAGGAUGAUCCACCUCAAAUGGUAUCAUUACACACUUCACAAACAUUGCCUUACGCCUCUACAUCAAAAGAGAGUCACAUAGUACAGCUUGAAAAGACUGCAAAUGUACAUUCCUACACCUCUCCAUCAAGAGUGGGUCAGGAAACCAGUGUCAAAUUACAACACAGCUCACAAACUUUGCCACAUGACUCAUCAAGAGUGGGCAGAGAAAGUCAGCCUAAAUCAUCACACACUUUGCCAGCUCAGCUCUACAGUGCUCCAUUAAAAGUGGAGAGUUCCAUAUUAAAACAAAUAUUGAAAACUUUACCACGUGUCUCAUCAAGAGUGGGCAAAGAACAUUGGCGUAAAUCAUCACACAAUUCGCAAACUCAGCUCUGCACCUCUCCAUCAAGAGCGGGGCAGGGAACCAGUGCCAAAUUACAACAUACCUCAAAAACUUUGCCACAUGUCUCAUCUAGAGUGGGCAGAGAAUAUCGGCGUAGAUCAUCACGCAAUUUGCAAACUCAGUUCUGCACCUCUCCAUUGAGAGUGGGGCAGGGAACCAAUGCCAAAUUACAACACACCUCACAGACUUUGCCACAUUCCUCCUCAUUUGAGAUUAUAAGUGAUGUUGAUGCACCACAUACCAUGGAUUCUAAAAUGUCUUCUUUGGGCUCAAUUCAUGCCAGUAAACCAUCUAGAGUUACCCAAAAUAUUAAUAGAAAUCAUCUUAAUACCUCAAAAUCAAUUUCAUCAGGGAUUAAUUUGGAAAACUCAGUUGUAUCAAGUUCAUUUGCAAAUGCAAAGAGAAAAUUUCCUGAUGAUGAGACUGUGAUAUGUAUUUCUGAUGAUGACUCAAACAGUGACAAGGAUGUAAUUUGCUUAGAACCAGAAAAGUGUUUAAAACCUCUUUAUAUCUGUGAACCUGAGACUCCCUCAUGUAAGAGAGUUUUACCAAAAGUACAAAAUGAUACAUGCAGAGACAUUAUUGUACUAAAUGAGAUGACAACCUUUAGACCAAGAAAAGCAAUGAAAAGGGAAAGGACUUCCAUCUGUAAAGACAAGCCAUGUGUAGUCAUAGAGAAAGUUGUUGGUUCUAAGUUUAGUAAGGAUACACAUGCACUAUCGCCUUCUGACCUAAGCAAUGAUGGGCAGAGAAUAGUGCCAAGGAAUGUAUUUGUCAAUGAUACGAAAACAGAAAAUAACAGCUUAAUAAGUGUUGAAAAAAUAGUUAUUAAAAAUGCCCCUGGAGCUUUAAAAUAUGAUUAUGUGAGCUUAUUUAAAACCAGUGGCAUCUCAGGGAAGAAAACUUAAGGCUUAAUCCUUCAGAUAUGGGAAAUACUAAGUUUUCAGACUACUGCAACUCAGCGGCUCUUCCAUGUAAUGAAUCCUUCAAAAUCAAAAUUAUAAUUGACCAUUUUAGACUCACCCCUUGCUAUAAUGAAGCCUUUAAAAUGAAAAUUAUCAUUGACUUAAAAAUGGAGUGUGAGUUGUUUGGACAUGUUGAUAUUAAAAUUCUUGAGGGAUUUUUGUAAAAGAAAAAAAGAAAAAAAAUUGUCGUCAAGGGAUGAUUGCAGUAACAUCUCUAGAUAUUUUUAUUCCAAUGUCUUUUGCUCACAGUUCCUUGUGCUCUAAGUGAUAAAAUGUUAUGUAUGUUACACUAAA